AUGACUUCAUUAGCUUUAUUCCCUCAUUUACGUCGUACUCUGACUGAUGUUAUGGAGGAUGAAUUAUAUCAUGUUCCAAAUAAUGUUGCUUCAAAUAACUCAAAUUCAACCCAACAAUAUGAAGAUUUCAAUCAAUCUUUAUCUCAACAACAAAUUACCGCUCCUUUCCAUCAUUUAAAUAAUAGUUCAAAUAGUUUGAAUAAAUUUUCUUCUCCAACUUUAUCAAAUUCAAAAUUAUUCAAGAAUUCAAGUGCUUUAAAUUCAGAAGAAAUGCUGACUAUUCCUGAUCAACAAAUACCCUUAAACCAACAUCAUCAACAACAUAGUCAACAACAACAACAACAACAACAACAAUCUGAAUUAUCAAGAGUACAAUCUCAUGAUAUGUAUUAUGAUAUCCCAGAACCUUUACCUCAAGAUGAUGAACAACAUAUUUUUAAUGAAUUUGCUGAUCCAAAUUUAACAACAACUCAACAUUAUAAUUCUCAACAUCAAAUCCCACAAGAUCCUUCAACAAUCCCAACAAAAUUAUUAAAAUUUAAUGAUGAUUUAUCCUUGGAUUAUUUUAUAAAUGAUGAUAAUGAUGAUUCAGAUUCAAAAUUUAUUAUAUAUCCCGCUCUUUCACCAACUAUGAUUCCUGAAGAAAUUGAAGAUGAAGAAUUAAGUGAUGAUGAUGAAGAUGAUACAAAUGAAUUUACAUAUUUAGAUAAUACUCUGAAUGAUGACAAGAAUCCAUUAAAUUAUCAACAUCAACAAUAUCAAAAAGAACAAGAUUUAAUUCAAAAACAAGAAUAUCAAAUGAUUAAACAACAAGAAUUUAAUUCACAACAAAAAUCAAAUUUACAAUUUAAAAAAUUUGAAUAUAAAGAUGAUUCAAUAACUCAAGAUCUUGAAUCUGAUAUUGAUAGAAUGUCAUUAGAUUCUUCUGAUGAUGAAUAUUCAUCAAAUAGUUCUGUAUUGGAUGAAGAUUCAUAUACCCCAAUUUUCCAAACUUCAAAACCAACAACAUCAUUAUCACCACCAAUCCCAACCCCAAAUCAAUCAAAAUCAAGACGUUCAUCAACAAUUCAACAACAAACACCUUUACAUACAUCUCCUUCACAACAACAUACUCAACAUACCCAACAUUUAUCAACAUCACCUUCACAACAACAAAAUUCUCAUCAAUGUCAAUUAAUCAAUCCAUCAACAAAUCAAAUUUGUUUAAAACAAUUUUCAAGACCAUAUGAUUUAAUAAGGCAUCAAGAAACUAUUCAUGCAUCAAGAAAAAAAAUUUUUAGAUGUAUUGUUUGUAAUAAAUUAGAAGGUGGAUUAUCAAAUAAAACAUUUAGUAGAGGUGAUGCAUUAUCAAGACAUAUUAGAGUUAAACAUGGAUUAACUGGGAAUGAAGCUACAGAUGCUUUACAAUAUGCAAAAGAUAAUGUUGAAUAUGUUUGA